AUUAGUACCACCAGUUGCUGGGACUCACUUAAAACCAGGCGUUUCACGCAGGGGCGGGGCUCUACGUACUGCGUCACACACAGCUCAUGCUAGAGGUUGCUAGCUUAGCUUCUGGAGCUGACGUCUCAGAGACGUCCCCCAACAUCGCGUUUCCAUAGCAACUAAUAACAAGGUUCAAUGUAACAUUAGCUUGAGUUAUAAGGAGAAAAUAACUUCGUGAAGUUGUUUAGGUAGUCAUGGCUUUACCACUUCUACCUGGAAAUUCCCCUAAUAAACAAUUGGGAAAAGAGGGAUUUCACAAAUCUCACCAUUUUGUCUAUUCCAAUGGAGUCCCUCUGUUUAUUGGGUCUGAGAAGCCAGGUAUUGGAGGAGAGCUGUUAAUUGGCCAGAAGGUGAAACCAAAUUAUUCUGUCUAUCCUAAAGGACAGGGCAGUGGUUUACCAUCAUGGGUGGCAUUUGACAAACAGGCUUUGUGUUUUGAAGCAUACUUUCAGGAAGAUGUACCUCAAUCACGCGAUGAGACAUAUAGAAUCAGAAAUUGUAAGAUCUACUUCUACCUGGAGGAUGAUACUAUACAGGUUGUGGAGCCAGAGUUCAAGAACAGUGGUAUCCCCCAAGGAACGCUUAUUCAUCGCCACCGUGUCCCACUGCCUCCCCCAAAUGAUGACCAGUUCUACAACAUUUUCCAUUUCAACAUCAACCAACAGAUGGUGCUGUACUCUCGUACAUUCACUGUGACCAACUGUGACACUUUUACAAAGAACUUUCUCUUAAAACUUGGGGUGCGCCUAAAUGACCCAUGCAUUGUACCUGAUGACCCUUACAGCAGCCUCCGGGUCAAGAUGGAGAAAAGUAUGAAACCACUUCGACCAUAUGAAAGACAUUACACUCUGAAGCAGUUCUUGGACCAUGACGGGAAAGUCUUGCGCUUCUACUGCUUUUGGGAUGACAGAUGCCAGUUUGGUGACCAACGGGAGCUUAUACUCCUCUACUACCUGGCUGAUGACACCAUAGAGAUACUGGAGGUCACCCCCCAAAAUUCUGGGAGAGAUCAUGUCCCUAAGUUCUUAAACCGCAGCAAACUGCCCAAGAAUGCUCCAACCCAAAUCAAGCAGCCUGGACAGAUCACUGAGCGGACAGUACUCAAUGUGUUUGAUUCCUCAAGUCAAGAAAAGCGCUACAUACUCGACAAUCUCAAAACGGGAGCUGUCCGAGAAGAUUUUUAUCAAGACCGUGAUCUGACUAUUGGUGGGGAGCUGAAUGUGUGGGGUCGAAAAGUGAUCAUCUGUGACUGUGAUGAAUUCACCAAAGAAUACUACCGCUCCAAAUAUGGCAUUGAGGACUUCACCCCAGUGCAGUACAAAGCUCCCCCAGCCCCUAAGCCCUUGAGGUCUGCCCCCCCCUACAGUGGCUUUGGCACCGAGGAGGAUUCAUUAAGUUCAUGCCAGGGCUUACUGCUGAAGCCCCCACAGAAAGAUUUCCGCAAAUUUAUGGAGAAAGACAGAUGUGGCCUAGAGAGUAACGUUCUGACAUUCUGUGCCAAGAUGGUAACCACUGAUCCAGUUGACAAAGACAGAGUGUUCAUCGUCUCUUUCUACCUCUCUGAUGACUCCAUUAGUGUGUUUGAACCUCCUCAGCGGAACACAGGUGUGCAAGGUGGUUCAUUUUUGAAGCGUGGUCGGGUGAAGAAGCCGGGCCAGGAGUUGUUUAAGAGUGAGCUCUCUGAGUACUUUACAGCUCAGGAUCUGUAUGUUGGAGCUACACUCUGCUUUAACAAUAAGAACUUCCAGAUUUUGGAUGCUGAUGAAUAUACCUUCAACUACAUGGACAAACAUCCAGAGGAGUUUCCCAGAGCCAAUGUGGGCAGCAUCCUGAGUAAACUACAUUCGAUGCCAGAGGAGAAACAGAGUGAGAUCAAAACAUUUGUGGGUCUCAGUGACCCCAGCAACUCUGGCUUCAUACCUUUUGAGUCAUUCAGGGGUCUGCUGAUGGGCCUGGACUGUGGGAUGUCGGAGCAUGAGGUGCUGGUGCUAGGUCGACGCUUCUCUGACCGCCAGCAGUCAGACUUGGAUGUGGGCCUGAUGCUGGCCGUGGCCCAGGAUUUCCUCAGAAAGAAGCACUUUGAAGAGCUCCCUGCCAUGGCUAAAGCCUUCACGCACCAGGACCGGCACAAAACUGGACGUCUUCCCCUAAAAGAAUUUAGGACUAUCUGUAAGGCCUUCAAGCUUCCCCUGCCCGAGAACCUGCUCACUUUACUCCUCAAAAAGUUUGCAGAUGGGGAUGAGAUUGACUACCAUGCCUUCCUGGCUGGCAUUAACUGGGUCGAGCACCCGGCUCCCCCUGUAACGCCUGAUGACAUCCUGAAGGUUAGUUUGACUCAGAGCUUUGAUGCUGGACCGGUGGCUGUGAAAAGCAUCAACUACUCUGCCCUGAUGGAGGAUUUAUUCACUGGUGCCUCCAAGACCAUUGACCCAACAACCACCUAUACAGCCUAGACCACAAAUAGAGGUGAAAUGGAUCUACUUCAACAACACAUGCCCACAUUAUUCCUCAAAUAAAGAGGAUGCUGCAAUA